AAUUUCCGAAACACCCUCUCCCUCACACACAUCCAAACGAAGAGAGAUUGAACUAUCCAUUCAAUUUUAUCCAACUCAGUUUUAUUAGGUGUUGAUUCCGCCGAGACACUCACCAUGACUCGGCGGUGUUCGCAUUGCAGCAACAACGGCCACAACUCUCGAACCUGUCCCACGCGCUCCUCUCUUGCGUCUUCGUCUUCUUCUCCGUUAUCUGGAGUCAAGCUCUUUGGCGUCAGGCUCACCGAUGGGUCAAUUAUUAAAAAGAGUGCCAGCAUGGGAAACUUGUCGGCGCACUACCAUUCCUCUUCAUCAGCCGCCGCGUCACCUAAUCCUGACUCUCCUGUAUCUGAUCGCGUCCAUGAUGACGGCUAUUUGUCCGAUGACCCCGCUGCCCAUGCUAGCUGCUCUACCAGUCGACGCGGAGACAGGAAAAAAGGUGUCCCGUGGACUGAAGAGGAGCAUCGGCUGUUCUUAAUAGGUCUACAGAAAUUGGGAAAAGGAGAUUGGCGUGGAAUAGCUCGAAACUUUGUGGUAUCUAGGACUCCCACUCAGGUAGCAAGCCAUGCUCAGAAAUUUUUCAUCCGCCAGAGCAAUGCCACUCGGAGAAAGAGACGGUCCAGCCUUUUUGAUAUGGUUCCAGAAAUGGCAACAGAUCCACAGCCAGUUCCAGAAGAACAAGAGUUGCCAUCUUCUCAGGCAGGAGAUGAUGAUAAUGUAGAUGCACUACCCUCAUUGAAUCUCUCUCUCAAGCCAGAAUUUGAACCCAUGGAUACUGAAUCUCAAGAACUAGUCAAGGAACGUGAUAAAACUGUGAUGGGGUUUAGUGAAUUCAAACCAUCUGUUCCUAGUUCAAGUGAAUUUGUCCCAAUAGUUUCAGGGUCGAAUGAAUUCACAGCAGUUCCUGGAUUUUUCCCAGCUUACAUGCCAGUUCCUUAUCCGUAUUGGGCUCCAAAUACCACACCCUUUGAAGAAGGUAAGGGUGCAGCAACAUCACAUCACGAGGUCCUAAAGCCAGUUCCAAGCAUUCUCAAGGAGCCUUUCAAUGUAGAUGAACUGGUUGGCAUGUCUCAUCUCAGUCUAGGAGAGAUUGAGAGACGCCACAGGGAGCCUUCACCGCUCUCCCUGAAACUAAUUGGGGAGGCACCAAGGCAGUCCGCAUUUCAUGCAAGUGCUCCAGCCAGUGGAUCAGAUUUAAGUAAUGGCAAGGCUAGUCCCAUCCAAGCAGUUUGAAUUCAUAUUUUAUGUCAUGCUCUUAUAACAUAGGGUAACCAUGAUCGGGUUUGAUAUAUGUUAUAUUAUUCUUUCUAAUUGUAAACAUCUAGAAGUAUACAUAAUUGAAUGGGUAGAGUCAACAUGUUGCCUAUUUACCCUCUAGUCCUUUAACAUGUCAGCUUGAGCAUAGAUUAUUCUUACCUUGGCACUGUGCAUCUGUUACUGCAUGCAUUCCAGAUUUUCAGUAGGUUGAUGAAUUUGGAAGCUUCCAUUUGACUUGGAGAUGUAAUAGGGAUAUUGUUAAAUCCCAAAAUUCUCAAUCAUUGAAAACUGAAGUGCGCAUUGCUGUGAUUUCAGGUGGCACCAAAAGGUUGAACUCUUAGAGCCAUCUUUAGUUGAUGAUCUAUGACCUCUCUCUCUCUCUCGGCAAAUGUAGCAUUUAGGAGGCAAGUCUGAUCCAAACCAUGAUAGCUCCUUUGUGGCAAUGCUUGCAUCCGUCUUCUCUAGGGCUGUUUGUCCUCGCCGCAGCUGCCUGCCUGCCUGCCUAGGCAACAGCAUAAAGACAAUGCUUGUGCAUUCCUCCGGACAUGACGUAUAAACCGGUGACGCUGCCACCAAGUAUGCCUAAAUCCUGUAUCUAACAAGAACUGGGUUUCUAUCCUUGAGCUACCAAAUUGUAAAUAUAGCUCUCCUUAAAAUAACGACGCUGGGUUGUUUUCCACUAGGUACAACCAUACAAGCCACUGUAAGUUCUAUCUCUGUAUUUGCUCAUUGGCCCAUUAGAUUUAAUCUCUCAAUUUUAUCCAA